CAACGCACUAGUUCCCUGCCUCAGGGCUCAGCCACCAAGAAGUGAAACUGAAACAUACAGGCACUCACUCUCUGCCGAUCAGCAUGAAGAGAAGCAUCUUUCACUGGGGGGAGCUGGGCAGUAGGUUCAGGGGAUCGAAACCCAACAAAGUCCGAAAACUCAUCCAGGCCACCCCUUGGGAAGAACUUGCCGACAACGAGGAAAUUGACCACAUCUGCUGCAGCCCUCAUCUGACUCUGUUCAUCCUGAGGGAUGGCAGGGUUUAUACACGGAGCAACAGCCACAAGAGGAGUGGACAACUGGAGCUGAUCACUGUGAUACAGGACGAGAAGAUUCAUACAGCGGACAUCGGUGGCUCCAACAUCCUCUUCGUUUCUGAAGCAGGAAAUUUAUACUUCAGUAAAGUUCCAAACCAAAAAUGUGGAGUGGCAAAUAAAUCUUUCAUCGUCACAAAACCAAAGUUACUCACCAGCUUUGUAGGGAGGUGUGUCGUUCAAGUUGCCUGUGGAAGCAAUCACUCUCUGGCUCUCUGCAAAGAUGGUCAAGUCUUUGCGUGGGGCAAGAACACAAAUGGUCAACUGGGAGUGGGCGAGGACGUUGGUACCACGCACAGUCCGCAGCACGUGACAGCGCUGGCUGGUAUUCCCUUGGCUCAGAUCACAGCGGGAGGAUCCCACACCAUUGCAGUGUCUCUGUCAGGGACAGUGUUCGCUUGGGGAGCAAAUCACCGUGGGCAGCUGGGUCUAAACGAUGUGAAAGCUCGAUACCAUCCCACUUGUGUGAAGCUUCUGGAGUGUAAGAAAGUCGUGCAGGUGUCCUGUGGGGCCCACCACACUGCUGUGCUGAACAAGGAUGGGCUUGUUUACACCUUUGGAGCGGGAACGUACGGUCAACUCGGCCACAACUCUGACAGAGACGAGCUGAAACCUCGGCUGCUCGAGGGGCUGGAUGGAAUCAAAGACUCCCAGAUUGUCUGCGGGAGUUCCCACACCAUGGUGUUCAGUUCAGCAUCGGGGCAACUCUAUUCCUUUGGCCGUGGAGAGAACGGGCAGUUGGGAACCGGACAAACCAUUGACCAUUUUGUGCCUUGCCUGGUCACCUUCUCAACAGACGGGACCCACAACCUGCAGCCUGCUCCUGGAGGUCUGCUCCAACCAGCUGUGAAAAGGAUAUUUGCAGGUCCCAACCAGAGCGUUGCCUUGUGCUUUGGUGUUAAGGCCUCACACUCUGCUGACUACCAGUCUUCAUUCAAUCCUCUAAGGAGAAUUGUCAUGGCUGAAGACUCAUUCUGGAACACCUGGAGCAUUCUGGAUAAUGGGGAGCUACAGAAGGACAUCAAAGAGGAGAUUGGUCACAUUUUCUCCGCUGAAUGCCUCAACGGGAGCUUCUUGGAAGUCAGUGGGGAUGAGCAUUUCAAAACAGGCAGAGAAACCUCAGGAGUCGACCUGUCAGCUGCAAGUCUCUGGUUUGAGAAACUGGGAAAACAUCCCAUACUUUUGCAAGAGGUCACGACCACAGUGGAGGAAAUUCUAAUUCCCUCCUUGACCAAGUCUCCUGCUGGUGUGGAAGCUCUUCGAGUCUAUCUUGUUCUGCCAGAACUCAUAGAUAUCCAGAUGGAGGAGAACAACUCAGUGAAACUCGCAGGUCUUCUGAGUGCAGCCAUAGUGGCUCUGGAAGAAAGCCAACUGCAGAUACUUGAAUCGUGGUGGAGUAGCCUCAAUGAUUUUUUUUUCAACAAACUGGUGAAUUUGUACAGAAGUGCAUCACACUUCCUUCUUCAGGGGACCUCUAGCAAGCAAGAGACAUUUCCUAAAGAACUUCACAGUUGUCUAUCUGUUUUGCAGAGGCUUUUUAGGGUCAAUUCCACCAGAAAGCCUAAAUACCAGGAGAACAAAUUCUACAUCUGUGCACAAGAAGUUUUUGGUGACACACGUGUCUACUGUAAAGCAUUGCUAGAACUAAUUCCCUACCCUUGUAUUUUUAAUAUGGAAACCAAAAUUGAGAUUUUCAAGACAAUCUGUCAGCUGAGUAUUUGUAAUAAGAAUAUCACUGAUUACAGUAUAAUAUUGGGCAAUAUUAACAGCACUAAUGCAUCUGCUAGGAUUAUCAAUGUAUCUACUGGUUUAGAAAUGGAUGCAUGUACUGAAAACAUUGUUGCUUCUGUUGGAUAUACUGUUACAUCCACUGGGAUCAUUGAGGCUUUUGCUGGAGAUACUGUUACAUCUACUGGGAUCGUUGAAGCAUCAGCUGAAGAUACUGAUACAUCUACUGGAAUCAUAGAAGUCUCAAAUGAGAACACAGAAAUACCUACAAGGGACAUUGAAGCCUCAACUGGGAACCCUAAUGCAUCUGCUGGGAUCAUAGAUCUCUCAGCUGGAAACACUGAUGCAUCUAAUAGUAUUCUUGAUGCUUCCAGCGCAAACAUUGAAGUCUCUAUGCAGAACAGUACAUUCACAGAGAUUGAUCAUAGUUUGGAAUUUGAUAUUUCUACCAGUGUAACUGACGAACCUAUCGGGAUUGUUGAUGCCCCACAGAGGAACACUGAUGGCCCUACUCAGAUCAAUGAUGUCUUGACUGCAAGCACUGAGACAUCCACUGAGAACACUGAGAUAUCUACUGGGAUGAUUGAAAUCUCAGCUGGAGAUAAUGGGAGCACUGAAACAUCAACUGGGAACACUGAGCCAUGUGCCAGGAUGAAUGAUGUACCAAGUGGGAACUCCGAAACAGCUACUGAGAUACCUACUGGGAUCAGUGAUUCACUUACUGAGAUCAUUGAAACCUCAGCUGGAGAUAAUGGGAGCACUGAAACAUUGACUGGGAACACUGAGGCAUCUACUGGGAUGAUUGAGAUUUCUACACGGAACCCAGAACCAUUGACCGAAAUCAUGGAUACAUCUGCCAGGACUGUUGAGACGUCUACUGGUAACACUAAUGACUCGAAUAGGAUCGUUCCUGCCCCUGCACUAAGCCUUGAGUUAUCUGGUGAGAUCGACAUGAACUCCAAUGUGAACGAUUUUGAAUAUGAUUCGACUGAUGAAGUGGACCUUCGGGAGGGUGACGAUGAAUAUGACUGUUUUGGAGAUGAUGAGGAUGAUGAGGAUGAUGACGAUGAUGAGGAUGAUGAGGAUGAUGACAAUGAAUAUGACUAUUUUGGAGAUGAAGACUAUGAUGAGGAUGAUGAGGAUGAUGACGAUGAUGAGGAUGAUGAGGAUGAUGACGAUGAAUAUGACUAUUUUGGAUAUGAUGAUGAUGAUGAUAAUGAUGAUGACGAUGAUAAUGAUGAUGAGGAUGAUGAGGAUGAUGAUGAUGAUAAUGAUGAUGAGGAUGAUGACGAUGAUGACGAUGAUGAUGAUGACGACGAAAUGGAAUUGACAAUUCCUUAUAUGAUGUUAAAUUGUAGCAGCGAUUUUCUACUUAUCAACAGAACAGAGAUCCUUCAAAACACAUUGACACAACUACGAUCCUAUCAGCCAACUGCAUUGCGUAGCUAUUUUCGGGUAAAAUAUGCAUUUUUUUCAUUCCAACCUUCUCAGGUCACAUUUAUAGGUGAGAAAGCCAUUGACGAAGGUGGAGUUUCACGGGAGUUCUUCUCUGUUAUUGCCACGGAAUUUUGCAGUCGACCAAAGAUCCUCAAGCAAUACGAUGAAUCCAGACUUGUUUGGUUCCCGGAAUGGGAGCCAGAAAUCAAUGAUGUAUUUCGCCUGCUGGGCAUUAUCUGCUGGCUGGCCCUGUACCAUGGUCAUGUGGCGGACUUCCACUUCCCAUUGGCCCUCUACAAGAAGCUGCUAAAUGAACAACCUACUCUCGAUGACCUGAAGGAACUCUCCCCAACAGUCGGCCGAAAUCUUCAGGAACUUCUCAAUUAUGAGGGUGAUGACUUGGAGGAGAUAUUCUGCAUGGAUUUCACAAUUGGGGCAGACAUGGCUGAUGGAUCAAUAACCAGACAUGAACUCAUUCCUAAUGGUAUAAACAUUCCAGUGGAAAGCCACAACAGGAAGUUAUUCGUUGACAAAUAUGUGGACUACAUAUUUAACACAUCGGUGGAGAAACAUUUCCAAGCUUUCUCUGAAGGGUUUCGAUAUGUUCCUUUGCCAGUUGUAGAUUUGUUCCUUCCUGACGAAUUGAUGGCUCUUCUCCAAGGAAACAUGCUGUACGACUGGCCUCAGCUGGAGGAGAACGCCAGUUACAGGUCGGGCUACACAAGAACGGAUGAAGCCAUUGUCCAGUUCUGGCAGAUGUUUCAUGAGCUAACCCAGGAGGAGAAGAAGCAUUUCCUGGCCUUCCUCACAGGUUGUGACAAGGUUCCCAUUGGAGGCAUGGGCAAGUUCAGGAUCGUCAUUCAGGAGGAUUUCAGAACUGAUCCGGAUUUGUACUUCCCGACUGCUCACACCUGCUCCCAAAUCCUGGAUCUUCCCCGGUACAGCAGUGCGGAGAUCCUGAGGGAGCGGUUCCUCCGAGCGAUUGGAUGCAGUCGGGGGUUCGGGAUUGCCUAGUGGCUGAAAUCAUCUGCUGCUCCUGAGCGUCUCUGAGCAAGUGGAAAUCAUGUUGCACGUGCCCAAUGGUUCAGUGGUUUCUUUAUUAUCACGUGUAGCAAGGUACGGUGAGAAGACAGUCUCAGCAAGACCCAGGCAGAGAUGAGGAGGUACCAGGCCCUUCGGCCCACCAUGUCUGCGCUGAACACAAUGUCAAUUUCCCAGUCACCAGUGCAAAGCACCACACAACGUGCUGGAGUAACUCAGAGGGUCAGGCAACAUCCGUGGCAACAUGGAUAGGUGAUGUUUUCGAUCGGGUCGGGAAGGAUCCUGAGGUACUCCAGCAUUUUGUGUCUUGUUUGUUUGUAAACCAGCAACUGGAGUUCCUCAUAAUGACAGGUAGAUCUGUUAUCAUAAGUGUUUCCACUAACACAGAUUGGAUGUCACACAACUGUUGCAUUGGGGAACAUCCCUUUUAUUACUUUUAUAACCUUUUAUUGGUUAUAAUAGCAUUUCGAUCAGUAACUAGAAAACUGCUUAAAUGUAACUUUGAAAAUUGCUAAGCAUUAAAAAAACCUAUCCUAGAGUCAUAGAAUGAUACAGUGUGGAAACUGUCCCAUUAGCCCAACCUGACCACACCGUCCCAGCUACACUAGUCCCACCUGCCUGCGCUUGGUCCAUAUCCUUCCAAACUUGUCCUAUCUCUUUCCCAGAGUAGGGGAAUUGAGAACCAGAGGACAGAGGUUUAAGGUGAAGGGGGAAAGAUUUUAUAGGAGUCUGAGAGGUAACUUUUUUACACAAAGGGUGGUGGUUGUAUGAAACGAGCUGCCUGAGGAGGUAGUUGAGGCAAGGACUAUUGCAACAUUUAAAAAGCAAUUAGACAGGUACAAGGAUAGGACAGGUUUAUAGGGAUAUGGGCCAAACGCAAGCAGGUGGGACUAGUGUAAAUGGGACAUGUUGGUCGGUGUGGGCAAGUUGGGCCGAAGGGCUCGUUGCCACACUGUAAUAAAAUUUGUUAAGAAUUCAUCAAUCCCGUCCGUUAGGAAUUCUUAACAAUUGCACAUGAAACGACAGAAAUUAACGACAAAUAGUUCUGCAAUAAUACACGUUUCCUUAAAGCUCAUUGGAUACAACGUGAUUUAUGACCUAGAAACGGUAUUUUUAUUAGGGGGGCAAAUUGGGCAAAUUGUAACACAUAGACUUGAGGAUUUUUAGUUUGUACAAAAAUAAACUUGUAGCUAGUGAAAACGCCUUUGGUUUGAAAGUCCAGCAGGGAAAAUAACUUAAUACAGCAAGUCUAAAACUCUCAGCCCCAAAACACUUUUUUACAUUGACAGAAUUAUUGUUAAACUGUAAUUAGUCUCAGCGGUUUCUUCAAAAUGUAUCGAUUGCACUAUAGCAAUACCACCUAUAUUUUGUCAAAAAACUUUGGAAUGAAUUUCAGUUAGAGUAAAAGAGUCAAGAGUGUUUUAUUGUCAUGUGUCCCAGAUAGGACAAUGAAAUUCUUACUUGCUGCAGCACAACAGAAUAUGUAAACAUAGUACAUAACGGGAGAAAAAAAGUUCAGUGUGUAUAUAAACACAUGCACACAUACUCAAUAAAUAAACAAAUAUAGUGCAAUAAUAAUAAUAGUCUGUUGCAGUUCAGAGAUGAUUUGUUGUGUGUUUAAUAGCCUGAUGGCUGUGGGGAAGGAGCUGCUCCCGAACCUGGACGUUACAGUUUUCAGGCUCCUGUACCUUCUUCCCAAUGACAAUGGUGAAAUGAGUGUGUGGCCAGGAUGGUGUGGGUCUUUAAUGAUGUUGGGCGCCUUUUUGAGGCUGCGACUUCGAUAAAUCCCUUCGAUGGUGGGGAGGUCAGAGCCGGUGAUGGACUGGGCAGUGGUCACAACUUUUUGCAGUCUUAUCCGUUCCUGGACAUUCGAGUUGCCGAACCAGGCCACGAUGCAACCAGUCAGUACUGUGCACCUGUAGAAGUUCAAGAGAGUCCUCCUUGACUUACCGACUCUCCGUAAUCUUCUCAGGAAGUAGAGGCGCUGAUGUGCCUUCUUUAUAAGAAAACACUGAGCAGCCAACUUAACCAGAUACCAAAAGUGUAAAACCACAGUCUGUAGUAUAUUCAAAACCAAGUCCAUCGAAGAUCAUAGUUGCGGAUGCUAUUGUUCAGGAGACUGAUGGUUGAUUGGAAGAAACUGCUCUUGAAUCCGGAGGUUUUCAGGCUCCUGUACCUUCUUCCUGAAGGGAGCAGCAAGAUGAGAGCGUGGCCAGGGUGGUGUGGGUUUUUAACUAUAUUGGUUGCCUUUUUCAGGCAGAACUUCCGAUAGAUGGCUUUGAUGGUGGGGAGGUCAGUAGCUACGAUGGACGGGCAGUGUCCACCACUUUCAGGGGUCUUCUUCAUUCCUGAGGGUUUGAGUGCACGCACUAGGCCAUGAUGCAAAGUCUUUACCAGUUGGGGAAGGAAGCGAUUUCUGGGUCUUAACGCGUAUUAAUGCAAUAACACAAUAAAUUAACAAUCGGUAAUAUAACCAGUUCAUACUUCUUGAAAACCAAAGUCCGUAGUGGAACCAAAACAAUCUGCCUCAAUUACCUGCUCUGGCAUUCCAUAUACCCACCACCAUUCAUGAAAAGGUUACCCCUCAGGUCCACAUUAAAUCUUUCCCCUCUCACCUAAUUCUUGAUUUCCCUACCCUGGGUAAAAUUCUCUGUGCAUUCACCCUAUCAAUUCCACUCAUGAUUUUAUACACCUCUAUAAGAUCACCCCUCAUACUCCUGCUCUCCAAGGGAUAAAGUCAUAGCCUGCCCAAUGUCCCCCCUGUAGCUCAAGCCCUCCGAUCCUGGCAACAUCUUCGUAAAUUUCUGCACUCUUUCCAGCUCAAUGGCACCUUCCUAUAGUAAGGCAACCAAAACAACAUAAAACUGCACAGGCAGCACAGUGAUGCAGCAGGGUAACGUUGCUGUCUCCCAGCGCCAGAGACCCAGGUUAGAUCCUGACCUCAAGUGCUAUCUGUGAGGAGUUUGCACGUUCUCCCUGUGACUGUGUGGGUUUUCUCCGCAUGCUCCCAAAGGCACGUGGGUUUGUGGGUUAAUUGGCUUCUAUAAAUUGCCCCUAGUGUGUAGAGAGUGGAUGAGAAAGUGGGAUAACAUAGAACUAGUAUGAAUGGGUGAUCGAUGGUGGACAUGGACUCGGUGGAGUGAAGGGCCAGUUUCCAUGUGGUACUUCUAAACGAGAGUAAACUAAACUAAUGCCCAUGUCCCACUUAGGAAACCUCUGGAGACUUUGCGCCUCACCCAAGAUUUCUGUGAGGUUGUAGGUGGUUGCCGGAGGUUGCAGGUAGUAGAAGCAGGUAGGGAGACUGACUAAAACCUUCGGGAACCUCCGGGAACUGCACGGAACCCUUGGGUGGGGCGCAAAGUCUCCAGAGGUUUCCGUUCAGGUUUCCUAAGUGGGACAGGGGCAUAAAUAAAACAAUAAUCCAAACGUGGUCUCAUCAACCUUUUGUUCAACUGUAACAUAACAUCCCCAAUUCUAUACUGAAUACCCUAACUGUUGAAGGACAAUGUACAAACAGCUGCCAUAUUCCAUGUUUUAUGCUCUAAUAACAUGCUGCAGAAACCAAAUCUUCCUUGUGCCACUUUUGCUUUUGCUUCUAAACGCCUCUGAUCUGUGACCACUGGUGGUCCAUUCUUCUGCCACUGAAAGUGCCUUCUUUUCCCUCUCAGGACCCUGCAUGUCCCAUCACCAUUAUCCUUCCCUCUGAGCCCAACUAUCUUCAGAAUCAAAGGUGUUUUAGUGUCACAUGUCCCAAAAUGAAACAAGUAAAUUCCUACUUGCAGCAAUGGAUGGCGCAGUGGUGAAGUGGUGGAGUUGCUACUUCACUGUGCCAAAUACCCUGGUUCGAUCCUGACUAGGGGUGCUGUCUGUAUGGAGUUUGCACGUUCACCCUGUGACCGCGUAGAUUUUCUCUGGCUACUCUGGUUUCCUCCCAUGUUCCAAAGGCUUGUAGGUCAAUUGGCUUCUGUAAAUUGUCCCAAGCGUGUAGGAUAGAACUAGUGUACGGGGUGAUCAUCGGUCGGUGCAGACUCAGUGGGCUGAAGGGCCUAUUUCCACGCUGUAUAUCUAAACUUAGCUAAAGCAACAGCACAACAGGUUUGUAAACAUAGAUGAUGUAAUAAGCAAGCAAACAAAAAGAAGUUCAAGAAAUUCUUCUUCGUAUCGAGUCCACACACAAGGUUAGAAGUUGUUCAGCCAGAGCUGAACACACGUCUUGGCAUCUGCAUAGAAUGGUGUCUGUCUUGUGCUUCUUGUGUGUGGUGGUGGAAAGAUUGAUGAAAACAGGGUCAUGAUGUGAACGCUCUUUCCUUGACCCCAGUAGAAAAAUAAAAAAUAUAUAAUGCAAAACACAUCACAAAGCCCACGGACCUUAGAGCAACCCGGGGAGUUCAUAGUUUGGAGUUUAAUUGGAGUUCAUUGUGUUCAACUGCCUGAUGGUUGUAGGGAAGAAGCUGCUCCUGAACCUGGACAUUACAGUUGACAGCUACACCUUCGUCCCGAUGGCAGGAAUGAAAUGAGAGUGUAAUUUGAGUGUAAUGGUGUCUGAAUCCCUCACUACCAUCAGCAUUGCCGAAUACCCAAGAGUUCCUCUUAUUCUGCGUGUCGGUGAGUGAAGGAUUGAAGUAGGAAGUUGUGGUUCAGUUUCACAGCCAUGGCUGCUUCACUGGAAUCAGCAAAUAGCCACCACCAAGUCUGUGCUAAACAUUACCGAGGCAGCUGUUUGAAAGAGUUCCUCAAUGAAGUAAUUCUCUCCCUGACCUUUCCUCCCUGUCAACGUUCCCUGUUCUUGUGCAGUUAUUCAAUUCCCUUGCGAGAAUCAUAUCUUUAAUAAGAAGCUUCUCGGAGGUAGAACCUUAUUCCCAGGGUGAAAAUAUCAAAGACUAGAGGGCAUAACUUUAAGUUGAGAGGGGUAAAGUUUAGAGGAGAUGUGCGAUGAAAGUUUUCUUGUCUUGCUUACUUCCUUCUCAUAACAUAAAACUAGAGGUUGUACAUAGAAUGGAUUACGGUAUUACAUAGUUGGCACCUAAAAUUAGGUUCCACUGUACUGUUUUGUACUGUAUUAACUUCUAAUAAAAUAAGC